CACUUUCUAUGAGAAUUUGAUACCAAAGAAAUUGCCAAAACAUAUUUAAUUUAUAAUUCGAUAUAAAUCUGGAAUCAAAAUGCCAGAGAUAGGACCAAUAAUGCGGGCAUUAGAGCUGCAGCGAUUACUGGAAGACAAAGUGACUGAGUGGCGGGAGAGGUCAACGAGGGUCGCCGGGACGAGCGUAGCCGAGUCUUAUCAACAACCGCUCAACUUCAAGCGACACACAAACAGACGCAAAAACAGCGCUGAAAUAAACAGAAUUAUCGCAAAGUACUCGAAGCCCAACAAGCGGACAGUCGAACCGAUCGUUGCACCGAUAAAUAAUGUCCAACCGCCGCAACGCCCUGCCAGACAGAAAAAGAUUCAAUCCAAUUUAAAAUUAUCCAAGAGCGAAGAUAACCUCGUUCAAGCGACGAUUAUGGAUCACCCCGACCCCUCAGCCGAAUCUAAGUCGCGAUUUAACUUCAGCAAAUACAACGCCAGAAGCUGCGAAGACGUCACUGCGUUUGUUGACAUCGAACGCAACAGAAAAAGCAGACAUUUUGAAGAAAACAGCAUUCUCAACGCGAAAGUCGUUACUCCAGAAGUGCCUAUACGAAUAAAAAGAUUACAAAGUAUCAGUGAGGAUGGAUUAGGCAUAUCUUCAUCUAAUCUUAAGGACAGUGGUGUAGAAGUCAGGACAUCGAAUUUUGCUACUUCGACUCCUAUUUAUAGGAGAAGGGCAGUGAGUGAAAAUGUAGCCGGUUUCGAGAAGUGUUCCAAAAAUUCUAGUUGUGAUAGUGCGUUAAGGAAAGGCAGUCCGGAACCGGAUAUUCUGAGUGAGAGUCCCAGUGAGGUGUCAGUCGGGACAUUGGGUUCUAAAAAGACUUUGAAGAAUCGGUGGAAGCUGCUAAAGCCUCCUUUUCGUAAAGGGACGUUGGAUUGUUUGAUACGUUGGCGAGGAAAAAAACAUCGAGCCCAGGAACAGACGAUACAAGAAGUGGACGACAGCUUCUUCGAGAAAUUCGGCUCUUUAUUAAAGCAAGUGUCACUAAAAGCCGCUAUAGAAGAGGCGACUCCUCUAGCCCCUCUAAAAGAAAUUGAGGAAAAUGAUGGCGAGAAGGCCGAGGCGGAGCUUUUGGAGGAGAGCAGGAGUCUCGCGAGGGAUACUGACAGUGGUAAUGAAACACUAUUGGACACGGACUCCGAACCAGAAGAUCCUGAAAAGAUCGAGAGACUUGUCGAGACUAUUGACUGGAACAUCGAUGAACUCUACCUGGAAAUCCUGUACGAGAUCCUACACAAUGUCGGCGGAUGUGACGUAGGCUGCGAGGCGGGGCAGCUGGCUAUGUUGUCCUAUGUUCAAGACGCCUUCAAGAUCUCUAAUGACAAGCACAAGGAACUCCUCACACAAGCCGAAGCUAAGGAACCUCCAGAACUGAUGCUAAAUGUGGAACUAGUGGAGGCUAAAGACUUAGUGCCAAAGGACCCCAACGGUCUGAGCGACCCAUUCGUGACGAUAUACCUGAUGUCCAACUCCUCACACCGGUACAAUACGUCGGUGAAGUCCAGCACGCUCAAUCCUGUUUGGGAGGAGUAUUUCUCGUUGCCGAUGCGAGAAAACCUUCAGGAGGACUCUCUUUGUUUAGAAGUCUGGGAUUUCGACCCCGCUGAGACAGUAAAAGAGAAGAUGACCAAGAUGUUCGAAGUGAAAGGGGUGAAGGGCUUCCGGAAGCUAAUGAAAGAGAUAGCCAUCACCGCCUCCUACGGCAAACAUGACAACGAACUUAUUGGCACGGCUAACAUUCCCCUCAAGUCUAUCCCAGCAAGUGGUAUGACAAUGUGGUUCAACCUCAGCAAGAAGAGCAAGUUACGGCGCCAGGGCGUGGUGAAGGUGCGGCUCAACUUCUCGUCCGAGAAGAACUCGCAGGUCGCGGCGCAGGAGCACCGCCAUUUGCUCAGGAUCAUGCUACUCCAUGAACUGGAGAAUUCCAAGGUGGCCCCAUACUGGUGGUGCGGCAACUUCAGCGGCCCCGCGGAGGCCAUCUUAACCCAGCAUGUUGCGCAAAGUGGUCUCUCGCCCACAGAGAACGCGCUCGCGCAGUGGAGUGUGUACUGCUCGCUCACCGUCGACCACCCGCUCAGCUUCGCCCUCUUCAACAUGCUGUUGGAGAAGAUCACCAAGCCUUUACAAUCCGGUCUCAUAAAAGAAGAGGACGUUAAGCUAUUCUGGGAUGGCGCCAAGAAACUGCUCCCGACAUGCUUCGGACAAAUCAGAAAGUUGAGGAAGAAGACCGCUGGCGACAACACCGUCAUGAAAACACUUAGAGAAGUCAUGAAAAUACUGUACAAAUUGUCCAUGUUAGACGUCCCCGACUCCGUUGAUCUGUUUCCUAGUAAUGUGUAUGGUUGGUUGCGGAGUAAUGACAAGGGAAGGUUGACGAUUCAUGAGGUGUUGAACCAGGCGGCUAUCCAGGGCGCUUCCGAUUGGUUCGUGCAUAUUCUGGACAAUAAUGAGUGCAAGGAUAAGGAGGAGGAGUCAAGGCUGCAGCAUCUCAUCAGGGUGAUUCAGCUCGUGCGCUCUGAUCUGCAGAGAGCUAUUGAAUACCAUGAUAGAGUUUUCAUUGAAGUCAUGAAUUUCCCAUACUCCAAAGCGCUUUACGGACUAUACGAAAGCAAGAUCGCAUCUCUAGUGGAGCCUGAAGUAAUAGAAGUGUGUAAAAGCUUGAAGCGGUUGAACUACAACGAGGGGUCGACGACCAGCGUGCACCUCGCGGGCGGGCUCACCGGCGCCACGGGGCUGGGGGCGCCGAGGGUGGAGGACGAGCCGCUGGCUAUGGGGACUACUUUGUUUGAGCUGUAUCUGGCGCUGCAGAGGUUUUUGACACUAGGCCAAGGACUGAAUGAAACAGACUGGAGCUCAUACGCCAUAUCCAAAUUCCACUGGUGGUUCUUUGGUGGCGUGGCCCAAUGGCUCGACAUCGCCGCCUACAAGGCUUUGACUCGCAUCGAGAAAGCUGUGGACUUGGACCCUUUGACUGUCAUUGACAGCACCGUGAAAUACAGCAGUUCGGCUGUGGAUACGCUGCAGAUAUUUUAUCAAAUAAAGAUUUUCUGGACGCAGUUGGCUUGGCCUGAUGUGGAGGGGAGCUACACGUUUGUGGCUAAGAUUAUUGAUGACAUAUGCCGUUGCUGCGUGUUCUACUCAGACCGCAUGUCCGGCCGCGUGGACAACGCGGGCCGCGUCAGCACCGUGUUCGAGGAGCGCUUCGAGGUCACCUCCGAGUGGUGCGUCGCCAUCAACAACAUCGACUACGUGCGCCAGAGCUUGGAACCCUUCGUGGAAGAGCUAGGCAUGGAUGACAUUAUACAGAGACUGUGCGAGUGCAAAUCUCCAGUUGAAGCGCAAAGAUGCAAAGACACCUUGCAGUGUGUUAUUGCAAACGCUAUUGACACGGUAAAGAAUAAAAUUGUGGAGAUCCUGGAAAUAAUGGUCAAAAAGAUGAUGCCGUCCAUCACCCGGUUCCUAAUGGAGGGCGCGGAGCUGCUGCACCAGGACUGCUCGAGCAUGGACCGCGUCAUGCGCUACCUCGAAGCCAACCUCGACACCCUCUAUCAGCAACUCAACAACGACAACUUUUCACGGACCCUCGACAUUGUGUGGGAGCAACUCGGAGAGGUCCUCUACGAGUUGAUACAGGCUAACUUAGAGAAAGAGAAACUCGCCACCCGUAUCCGCUUGCUUAGACGUAGGUAUUUCGACAAAAACAAAGUAUCUCCCAAUAGCAACUACCUCCUUUUUCGGCACCGAAAAGCAAAGAUAACUCGGUAUAUCGACCCGAGGCGCCUGACAAAAUCGGCUGCUGCCAAUUUAGAUGCGAAACGAAGACCACCCAGCUUUUUUUCCAAUCUCCACGAAUGCCUCAAAAUAAUGAUCCGAUCCUUCCGUCAAGACAACAAAGAUAUUUACUCAUCGGAGACAUUGAAACGAGUAGAAUACUUACUGAAACUUCACGGCAUGGAGACCAGAGAACUGAUACACCAGUACCACUUGGAGAGGUGGCAGGAGCAACAAGCUAUUAACGAACCGAAGAUGGGAAUACUCACCGUCAGAGCGCAGUUCAUUGAAGACAAUUUGAAGUUAGAAAUUUUGAACGCUAGGAAUUUGGUGGCGACAGAUUCUAAUGGUCUGUGUGACUCGUACGUGCGCGUGGGGCUGCUUCCGGAGGACUCGUUCGCCAACGUGAUGAAGCCCAAGACACAGACGCAUAACAAGAAUCUCUUCCCGCUGUACGACGAAAUGUUCCUCAUCCCCUUGAGCCACGAGCAGCGCCGCGUGCGCGACGGGCUGCUGCACUUCGCGAUCAAAGACAAGGACAUGUUCAGCGUGACCAACGCGUUCGUGGGCGAGGCCUACCUCAGCUUCGGCGACGUGCCCGACACCGUCGCGCCCAUCUCCAGUCUGCAGCAACAGCAUUUGCCGCUCACGAGGCCCAGUGCUAUAGACGGGGACGCGAUAAAGGCGCUCGAAUCGCGGCAGGGCGACAAGCAAGCACGGGAGUUCCUUAAGAAACAGCGGCAGAAGAUGCCCGGCAAGCAGUUCUUCUCCCUCAGUUGAGCAGACUAAUACCUUGUAAAUAGUCAAAUAUACCACUGAAUUACUGAAACGGUAAUAAUAUUAUUAGUUUAUGAACUAUCGAAUCGUAUGGAUUUUUGUAACAACACACUAAUAAUUUUAAGUCUAAUAGCGUUGUAGAAAUGAGAACCAUAUAAUAUUGUAAUCAAUUACAUGCGAAGCAGAGGUACUUUUUCAAAUUUCCGAAUGAAAAUGUUGUAAAAUCACUGUUUGAGCACUUGGAUUUUAAUAGAAUUCACACGGCUUUUAAUUUUGUUGUUUCAGAUUUAUAACAAUACCUUUAUCUUAUUUCCUUAAUUUAUUAUUUCAAAUUAUUUUUUUCAUAUGCCGGCUGUAUUUUAUGAGGCAGAGUCUAACGUUAUAAUAACUAAUAAAGUAAUUAUACAAAAUACAAAGUUAACUCAAAACUGUUAAAAAUAGGUUAAUUCAUUCGAGAGAGUUAAUUGACUGGAACACAGUUAAUGUAUCUAACACAUUCUACAUGAUAUAAUAGAAUUCUGUUUUAAAAUGUGUACCUAUAUUUCUCGAUUAUUCGUCAAUAAUCAGUAAUGACAUUUGUCAGUUGAGGAAAAUGUUUAGCUGGAUUGUUUUAACCCGUUUUAUGUUUUCCUAUUUUAUGCGAACCAAAUUUAAAUACCAAUUUGCCAGCAAUAUUUUUCAUAAGCAAUAUAAAAUAUAAGUACGUGUGUUCUAUAGACUGAUAUAUUGUCUUACGGUGAUUUAAAUAAAAUUUAGGUAUGUAUGUGUCUAAAAAGAGCAUUUAAUAAUUUUGGCUCGGAAUCUCAGUUUGAAUUGUGGAUUUGGGAUGUGUUGUUUUUUUUAGAUUGGCCUUCUGUUUACUCGUUGUAUGUCCUUUGUUCUUGAUUAGAUCCAGUAGGUAAAGUAUUAACGAAAAAACCUCCUGUUCAAAAAUAAUAUGGGAAUUGAUCACUCGCGGGAUGUAAAUGAAGUUUUAUUAUGAUAUUCGAUUUAGAUUCAAUCACAUUCAAUUGACUCUUUUGAUGUGUAAUAAGUUUAGCUAGUAGGUAUAUAAGAAGAUAGGAUGAUGCCCUAAAUUAUUUAUUUAUAUCGUUUAAAUAAAUAAGCUACCUGAGGCAAUAAAUUAAAACAAAAACUCCAUUACAUAAUUUUACAAAAGGGCGUAUGUAUAGGUAUGUAAGUCCCUUUAAUACCUAUUACUAAUAUUUUUAAAACUAAGCUACUUAAAUAAGGUUGUCGAAUUUACCAAAUGAAUGUUCUUGACGAAAAAUUGAUUUAAACGAUCACGGAGGCCCUACCUCGAACAACUUCGUUCGCUCGUUUAUUCGCCUUUCUAUCGUUCACACAUGCUAGAGCCAAGAACAGAUAUGGAGAAGAAUAAUAGAGAGGCAAAUAACGAAAUUUCGAUUUCGAAUGGUAGGUCCUUAGAUGUUUGCCAUAUUGUCGUUGUCGCUAGAUCGCGUUGCGUUGUAGCUUUUGUCGUAUUUAUGACGAGAUUCUUAGGGCCCUUGCACACCGCGUUUUUUAUUCCAUGAAGCAGUUUGUUUGCGUUUGCAUCGAUACACACGCGCGUCGACGGCGCGUGUUGUUUUGACUGGGUUUCCUAGAUAGUCUCUACUAAAUAAACGCAAUUGCCCAGCGCGUCUAUCGAUACAAACGCGCAUCUGCAUCGAUGUAGGUGUGCAAAGGUCUACAAGCCGCGUCUGACUUGCGUGCGAAUCGCAUUUGUAUCGAGGUGUGCAUAGGCCCUUAAGGGGCCCACUGACUAUCAGU